AUGACAUCCAGCAGCCCAAAAUAUCCUAAUUUGCUGUCUAGAUCUAAUUUUAAGAUUGAUUCUUCUUUGAUAAAACCAGAGCAAUUAAAGAUAAUUAUCAAUUGGAUCAGAAAUGAAAAAAACAUCAAUUCUACUCCACCUAAAAAUAAAUACACAUUUACUCUUUUAUAUAAGGCAUCACAUGAUGGUUUUCAAAAUAAUACAUUUAAUAAUAAAUGUGCAAGUCAAGGCUCUUGUCUUGUAGUUACAAAAUGUGAUGAAACAAACAAGAUUAUUGGUGGAUAUACCUCAGUUGGAUUCAAUUAUAAUUAUGGUUAUUAUAAUGAUUCUCAAAGUUUUUUAUUUUCUUUUAAUUUUAAUGAAAUCAAAAAGCCAAUCAUUUGUCAUAUACAAAACUUCAGUUAUGCUCUUUAUAACAAUUAUAAUAAUGGCAAUUAUAAUAAUAGUAUUUUUAAUUUUGGAUCUGGUAGUUUAAGUAUGAAUAAUAAUUAUAUUAGUUGUAGUAAUAAUAAUUAUUACAAACAAGUCAAUUUACUCAAUAAUAAUACAAAUAAUUUUAAUGCGAGUGAAAUCGAGGCAUUCAAAGUGCAACUUAAUAGCUAA